AUGGAUGGUUCACCACCGCUUGAUUUUGUUCCGCCAACAAUAUCUGAUUUUCCUUUUGUUCCGCUAAGCAAUUCGACUCCAUCCCGAUUUUCGCCAAUGACUUCAAUAGGUGAACUCAUUGGUGAGCUGUUAACAGAACAAUGGAUUACGAACAUUUCUUAUGAAGCAUACUUCACUGUAUGUGCACCAACUUCAUGCCGAUAUGAACACAUCGAACGUAGUAGUAUUCUGUAUGCAGCAACGUCGCUAUUGGCUAUUUACGGUGGACUGACUCUUGGCUUGAGAUUUAUUGUUUGGCAUGGUACUCUUCUAUAUGGAUAUUUAAAAAACCGAUUCCGUGUACAACCUAUGAUGGAAACUUCAUAA